UGGGCCGAACGAGCGGUUGACUCGCAGAACUUUAAGAUGAUGGCUGUGUUCACCUUUUAUACGUGUAUGUUAUUGGAUUUUUUUUAAAUUCAGUUAGCACGAAGCUAGGUCCAUGGCUCCGAAAACUCCACCCUGCAUCGCUAGGUAGCCAGCUAGCAAUCUGAUUAUUUUGAGUUGCCAGUUCUCAUUAUCCUCAUAAAUGAUUUGCUGUGAAAUGUUAUAUCGUGCGGAAACGGCGUUUCUUAGUCGUUUUGUUGCAGCAAAAAGUACAACCUGAAUUGCUGGUUUCACAUUACAGGGGAACUGCAUUGUCUGCAAUUAAAUAAAUGCAGAGUUAAUGUUUUUUUUUCCACUGCCAUCGCCACAGGAUUUUAAAAGCUAAUAAUGUACAGAAAGCAAGAGGUUAAUAAGUAGUCGAAAUAACGGGUGAUUCCACGUUAACUAUGACUUGCAUAGUGAAACAUGAGUCAUGCAACAGCAAGCUAGCUGGCAGAUGCCCCGCUUUGUUUGGCAGUAUAACUAUGGGGCUGGCCAUCGCGAUCCCUGGCGCUAAAUAGGUCUGAUCCGUUGAGACUUAUUAUAAGUCGUAUUAUUUCAGUAUUGAAGACCGUUAUCAGCAGAACCAGACAACGCCCUCAUUAUAGCUUGUAUUCAUGAACGGAAUGUGGUGCAACUUUUGGUCCAUGUUUGUUUCCUGGCUUGUGGCUUCACGUUCUAUGGAUGAUUCAGAACCAGAAGACAAUUCUUGGGGAGACACGCGAAGAUGAAGAUGAGAUCCUUCCACGGAAAGAUUAUGAGAGCUUGGACUAUGACAGGUGCAUCAAUGAACCGUAUGUCGACGUCCUGGAGGGCAUUGAUAAUAAGAAAGCAAAGAAGUAUGAAGCUGUGAAGUGGAUGCUGGUGUUUGCCAUCGGCGUUUCCAUCGGCAUGGUUGGCCUUUUUGUGGACUUCUUCGUCAGACUGUUCACUCAGCUGAAGUUUAAUUUGGUUGGAAGAUCUGUGGAGGAGUGCAGUGAGAGAGGCUGCCUGGCUCUUUCUCUGCUGGAGCUGCUGGCCUUCAACAUGGCCUUUGUCUUCAUCGCCAGCAUGUUUGUUCUCAUCGAGCCCAUAGCAGUGGGUUCUGGCAUCCCCGAGAUCAAGAGCUACCUGAACGGGGUGAAGAUCCCUGGCAUUGUCCGUCUCCGCACGUUCCUCUGCAAGGCCCUUGGUGUUCUGUUCGCGGUGGCUGGAGGUCUCUUUGUGGGGAAGGAGGGACCGAUGAUACACAGCGGGGCCAUCGUGGGUGCUGGGCUUCCUCAGUUUCAGAGCAUCACAUUCCGGAAGAUCCAUCUUAACUUCCCCUAUUUCCGUAGCGACAGGGACAAGAGGGACUUCGUGUCUGCGGGGGCUGCGGCAGGCGUGGCAGCCGCCUUCGGGGCGCCCAUUGGGGGGACGCUCUUCAGCCUGGAGGAGGGCUCCUCCUUCUGGAACCAGGCCCUCACCUGGAAAGUGCUCUUCUGCUCCAUGUCGGCCACCUUCACUCUCAACUUCUUCCGCUCGGGAAUCAACUACAGCAAGUGGGGCUCCUUCCAGCUGCCCGGUCUGCUCAACUUCGGCGAGUUCAGGUGUCUGAAUGGGGACAAGAGUUGCCACUUGUGGACAGCAGUGGACUUGGCGUUCUUUGUGAUCAUGGGUGUCGUGGGUGGCCUCUUGGGGGCGCUCUUCAAUUGCAUGAACAAGAGGCUGGCAAAGUACCGCAUGAAGAACGUGCACCCCAAAGCUAAGUUCAUCAGGGUGCUGGAGAGUCUGCUCAUCUCCUUGGUAACGACGGUGGUGAUAUUCGUGGCCUCCAUGACGCUGGGAGAGUGCCGCGACCUCUUGCCUUCGACGUCCAACAACACCACCACUCUGGUGUCGGGCAACGAGGACGUCAACUCCACCGUGAAGCAGUUCUUCUGCCCGAAUAAGACGUACAACGACAUGGCUACACUCUUCUUUAACCCCCAAGAAGUGGCCAUCAACCAGCUCUUCCACCAAGAUGGAACCUUCAGUCCGGUGACUCUGACCAUCUUCUUCGUGCUCUACUUCCUGCUGGCCUGCUGGACAUACGGAGUCUCUGUUCCCAGCGGCCUUUUCGUUCCCUCCCUGCUCUGUGGUGCGGCCUUCGGCCGUCUGGUGGCUAACGUCCUCAAAAUAAACAUUGGCAUGAACAUAUACUCUGGGACCUUUGCUCUGAUUGGAGCAGCCGCCUUCCUGGGAGGCGUGGUCCGGAUGACCAUCAGCCUCACUGUAAUUCUUAUAGAAUCGACCAAUGAAAUCACAUAUGGGCUGCCCAUUAUGAUAACACUAAUGGUGGCAAAGUGGACCGGGGAUUUCUUCAACAAGGGCAUAUAUGACAUCCACAUUAAGCUGAAGGGCGUUCCUCUUCUGGAGUGGGAGACAGAGGCGGAGAUGGACAAGCUGACGGCCAGUGACAUCAUGGAGCCCAACCUGACCUACGUGUACCCACACACCCGCAUCCAGUCCCUGGUCAGCAUCCUGAGGACCACGGUGUACCACGCCUUCCCGGUGGUGACCGAGAACCGGGACAACGAGAAGGAGUUCAUGAAGGGCAACAUCCUCAUCAGUAACAACAUUCGCUUCAAGAAGAGUAGCGUCCUGACCCGGGCCGGCGAGCAGCGUCGGCGCUGCCAUUCCAUGAAGUCGUACCCGUCCAGCGAGCUGCGGAAUGUCUGCGAUGAGCAGGAGGUUUCCCAGCCGGUCGGAGAUAGCCAGGACAUCUUGGAGCAGAUGCUGGAGAGGAGGCACACGCCUUACCCCAGCCUGUACCCCAUGGAGUCCCCAAGCGAGGACUGGACCAUGGAGGAGCGUUUUCGGCCCCUCACCUUCCACGGCCUGAUCCUGCGCUCGCAGCUGGUGACCCUGCUGAUCCGCGGCGUUUGCUAUGCAGAGAACCAGUCGAGUGCCGCGCAGCCACGCCUGUCCUACUCGGAGAUGACGGAGGAUUACCCCCGCUACCCCGACAUCCAUGACCUGGACCUGACCUUGCUGAACCCGCGCAUGAUCGUGGAUGUCACGCCCUACAUGAACCCGAGCCCCUACACGGUCUCCCCAAACACCCACGUGUCUCAGGUGUUCAACCUCUUCAGGACUAUGGGAAUCCGCCAUCUCCCUGUGGUCAAUGCUGUUGGAGAGAUCGUGGGAAUUAUCACGCGGCACAACCUGACGCACGAGUUCCUGAUGGCCAAGCUCCGACAGCACUACAUCACCAUCUAACCGGCGCCGCUCGUCUCCACCGGCCCGUCAGGAACGGCCCCGCCGCGGAACAAAGAGGUAUCCAGAACCACCCUCCAGAACCACGGUCAUUCCUGCCCCGCCCACAGCUCCUGCCACAGACGCCGAUGCUUUGUCCUCACUGUCAGAGGGAUUUUAGGGACGGUCGGAUGGUCCCUGUCGGCUCUCUUCGUUAUUAGACCCGCGCCGUUUGCUUCCCGCUGCCCUGAUCUGCGGAGUGCUUCACCUGAUCUACUGUUGCUUGUGACCUCCAUGAUGUAUCAUCAGUGCUUUGCAGCAUCAGAACUUUUAAACUGACUUUAAUCACCUUUUAUUUCAUUUUACGGCUUUUUUAAGUAUUUGCAUUAUUUGCACUAGAACAGUUUUAGCUAAUAGCAUUCCGAAUCAGGGCCUAUUCGUAUAUAAGUGUGUUUUUUUUUUUUUUUUGAGACCUCAGAGUUCAAAAUUGGGACGGUUAUGAAUGGGUGAUUGAAAUGCGGCAGCGUACAGGUAACGCAUGGUGUGUGCCGUAAAUCGUCAUUCCCGGGGCCGGGGAGGGGGGUUGUCAUCUGUUUUCAGUGAAACAGUUGACCGUAAAAAUUUGUGUACCAAUCACCUGUUGGGACUGAUCAAUUCAAAGGAAGUGAAUAAUUUUUAAAGCUCCCUCAUGAAAAAAGGGGGAAAUAGUAUUAGCUAAUAGUCAGGGCAUAUUCCCUUGGUUAACUGGCAGGAGGUACCUGGAAUGUCUCCCUUCAGAUGCACCAAUAAGUGGCUGUAAUGUGGUUCUUUGGAAUCCAGUCAUGACUAGGAGAAAGUAACACUAACGUAUCAGUGUAGACAGUUUGGGCACCUGUGUCGUCUGAUAUCCGUGGGACCAUUUGCAUGAUGUCGUGUAGAGCCCCGCAUGACCUGACCAUAAGCUAGUCACAUAGUGUCCAUGCAGGACGCAGUGAGUGCCAGUCCAUCACAGCGGUCACACAGAAGGGCAGCGAUCACAAAGGACGUGUGCAGGGGGCCAAUUGGGACUGUACCACUAAGAGACACGGGGGCGAUUUAGUCAGACCCUAUGACAGAGAACAGAUGAGACACUUCAAUUUUCCAUUUUUUGCUGCAGUGUCAUUUUCAGUGCAUGUAACUUAAGCUGAUUAUAUUUUUGUACUUUUAUUUAUUUUUUAAUUUGAUUGACAGUCAUACUGUGAAGUGCUUUUAUAUUGUUAAUAAUAGUAAUAUUCUGUAUUGUCAAACCGAGAUAGAAAGUUCCAGUCACAGUAGGCAGUCUAGCUGAAAUUGUGAAAAUGUCCCCCAUUCCCUACAGAUCUGGAGGAACAAUUUGUGUUGCAGUCUGAGUUGAGAAUUUGUUCUUUGAGUAGUGCAAGCUAGAUAGAUAUUCUGCCAGAUAACACUGUGAAAUGCUAUUGCUUGCCCUGGUUGCUUUUAGCUUUCCAUUAUGGAGAUGUAUGAAUCUGACCUGAGAUUCUUUUUCAUUUAUAUCCAAUCCUCAGGGACCCCCCCAGAUGGUCCACGGUCUCUGAGGACCUAUUUGAGAAGCACUGUUUUAUAUUCUAUGCCUGCUUUCGGAUCUGUAUGAAACUGAAGCGUAACCAGGGAGGAGGAGCCAAGACUGACCAGUCAUACUUUCAAUAUUAAUCCUGUAAAAACCAACCAAAAAAAAAUCUGUUUGCUCGUGCUGCACUGGCAAGAUCGUGCUACGAGCAUAUCAGCAGUCCAGGGAACAUCUUGGCACAAAGGCGUGCCGUUGUUAACGCGGUACAGGUCUUGUAGAGCCGGGGACGGGUUAGUCAGCCUCACGCAGGGCUAGCAUGGCUCGACAUAGUUAUGUGCUGAUGUACUGGGGUCAGGUGCUGUGCUUGGUCCUCUGAUGUAACGCAAGAAUGCCUGAAACUCCUAGUGCGGAAAGUCUGGUUCUGUGCCAGAUUAUUCAUUAUGAAUAAUAAUAAUAAUGAUUUUUAAUUGCUAAGCAGAUGCUCUUUUCCAAAGCUACUUACACAAAUUAGUUGCUGGCUUAUACAUUUAUACACACGACUGUUUUUACUGGAACGAGUUCAGAUUUUGUACCCAGCUUUUAGCUAUGAGUCCAGGUUCUGCUCCUGCAGCCUGACCUUUGCCCUUUCACCCUUGGCCAUUUUGAGCCGCGUCAUCUUCCUUUACACGCCUGAGUCAUGCCUGCGUUUUUCUUCCGUGUGCCCGAAUUCCCCGGCGGGCCGCAUACUGUCGCAUUAUGGAGUCGCGGGCCGCACGCCAGCUGCUAUGCAAUUAAACGGACGUUACGGCGUUCCGUCGCAUUGACCCGGGACCCACCUGCCUCCGGCAUCUCGCCUUCCUACCGAGCCCUAAUUAGCCCUGAUUCAGCCGUUUGCUCACUUCUGGCUGUGAUUUGACGCAUAUUUCCAUUUCUUUAAAUACUUCAUGAGGUGUAUUAAUACUGAGAAUAAAACAUAAAAGUAACACGUUUGUUUACUGAGCUUUCAAUUACCGUUCAACAUUUACACUAAAUAAAUUAGGUAGUCAUAAGUUAAAUAAUGCAUAACUGUAUUGUUUGGACUGCAUAUCCUCUGAAGUAUGGGGUUAAAGCUCAGGACGUUUCAGGAUGUUUUUGUCCGUUUGAUUGGACACAAGGGAAUUUAUUGAGGAAAUUUAUUUAGCUACAUCAGUGUACAGCUUCGACAUUUGAUUGAGUUGCCCGUGGCUGGUUUGUCAGGUGUUUUGUAACCACUCUGUCAAGCUUCAAUCUUUGUUUUUAUGGACUAUGUUCAGUGGAAUGAAACUGGAGAGAGAGUGGCUUCCCUGGACUGGCACUUGGAAAGGCAGGCGUAGCGAUACUGGAAAACUGAAAGCGCCGGGCGCGCAGUGUAAGUGAUGGGCCUCAACCUGCAGGAGGCAGAUAGUCCAUCCGGCCUGUCCGAACCACUCAGCCCAGUCUACACCUCAUUUUACACAUGGAGUUUUUUUCCUGGAUAGGUGGUUUUGAUAGGUUUCUGAUUAAAUUUCAUUAAAUUGCUACGUGGACCGUGUUCUGGUCGUUUGUAGAUGAAAUGUGAGAUCCCAACUCGAUGGAGGGAAUCCCACUCGUAAUAUUUCCUUCUUUCCUGAUGGGGGAUGCCCGGGGAUUAGUGUUUUAUUAUAGGGCCACUCUGUCUCAAUGAUGGAAGUAGAGUCCUCACAUUCACAUGGAGAGUCUGAUGGAAGCAUAACAAUGGUCUUUGUGAACGACAUCACUGUGAUGGACUUUAGGAAGGAUGCACACACAGUGUCCGGAAGGUUCUGUUUUCUUUAGGAUCUGUGUGUCUGCAGAAUCCCUGUUCAUAGGUCUGGUCCCACUGUCAUUCUGCUUCUAAAAGUCAUUUCAGGAUGCCGACAUGAAAUUAUUUUGCACUUGCAUUUUGUGAAAGGAAUUUUUUUUUAUGCAUAUUUGUGUAAUAGUAUAAUUUAUUAUCCAUGAUAAAACACAGGACAAAUCUGACUGAAAUACAUUUGUUGCAUUUCAUUACAUGUAUACAUAAGUAAUCACACAAUGCUUUGUGAAACUGGUACCAGUGUUGAUAUGUUAUACAUUUGAAUAAUAAUCAAAUUUAAUUCUCACUUAGUUUGUGUCCCCCUGUGUAGAACUUAGCUAUAUAACAUCAGAAGUUGCUUUUACAUGAAUGGAUUUUUCUACUUUUUUUUAACAGUGUUAUUUUCUUUAAAAGACUUAUUUUUGUGUUAUUGAGUGUAUUUAAGUACGCUUUUAUAAAGUUGUAUUUUUAUGCCAGAGUAUUGCACGAGGACGAUGAGGAUGAUGACCUUAUGCGACUUUGCUGUCCUCCUCUGUUAUUAAAAUGUCCCAGCUGGUGCCACAUAUGCCUGUA